AGUGAAAGUAAUCAAUUAGCAAAAGCGAAUUGAGUACAGUUUUGCAAUUCUACGGUAAGAUCUCCCCAUUUGACUUACCGGCAAGUGAUCGUGCACUAGUGCAUAGUUUCUUACAUGCGUCUCUAUCACGAGCAUCUCUUUUCUUUAUCUUUGCACGAUUUUCAUAUGUAAUAACAACCUGUUUCAACAAGAAAAAUGCAUCCCGUCAGAUACAUCACCAUUUUAUUCGCAUUCGUCGUCUUUUCUUCAAUUUCCGUUUAUGGCUUUCCGGACGGUGCUCCGGUGGAUGCUUGCGUAAAACCACGACCUAAUCAACCUUAUCACGGCGAAGCUCGUUCGCAGCCUUUAAAUACGAGUCCUUAUAAAAUAUUGUCCUCAUCGUCGCAGUAUGUACCAGGUUCCCAAAUCACAGUUUCUAUAAGAGGAGCCUCAUUCCAGGGAUUUUUCAUACAGGCACGCGAUUCUAAUACAAACAAAUGGAUCGGAUCAUGGGAACAAACACCCAAUACAAAAAUACAUGCUGAAUGCAGUGCUGUGACACAUGCGGAUCCACGUGAAAAAGAACAAGCCACUUUUAUUUGGAAUGCACCGCCGAAUGCACGUGGCAGUGUUUACUUCACUGGGACUGUAUUGAAGGACUAUGCAACAUUCUGGUCUGAUCUUGUUUCACAGGUAACGCAAUAAUAAUUCGUUAGCAUUUUAUCUAUCAGCAUUCUUAGAUGUCGACAAAGUGCAUUCCCCAAAAGGAUAGAUUUCUAUCUGUAUACUUAUAUUCAAAAAUUCUUUAUUAUGUACCUUUGUAUACAUACAAUAUGUUCAAUAUAUAUUUUAUAUGGAUUUUAUAUUUUUUUACAUUAUGUGUAAUCGCAAAAAUGUAAUAUAUUGAAAAUGUUUCAAAUA